CAGUGUGAACGGGCACGUCAAAAAAGAAAGGAAAAUGUGGACAGUUUGGACAAACUGAGGCGAGAGAAGGAACAUCUAAGAACAUAUACCACCUUUAUUGAACUCGGUUGCCAAGAAGUUGUUAUUAUUUAAAGUUAGCAGACAAACAUUUGACAGUUUAAGGGUCGUUUCGAGGUUAACUUGCCCCCCUUGUUCUGUUCGCUCAGAGGAAGCAGCUCGGCUAGCCAGCUGAAUUAGCUAGCUCGCUCGCUAGAGAUGGGGACGAGAGCAAGUCGCCUGCAGGAAGACCCGGUUCCCCCUGCUUUCGGAAAAGAUGGCACAAAGCGGGAUUCCUAUAGGCGAACCCGCUGUACCAGGCCCACCAGUCUUAUGGUCGACUUCUCGGGGAGCUUCGAUGACACGGAGGCCAACCGAAGCCGAUCAGAGGAGGGCAGUGACUCGGACCUGGGGCAGCAUGGGGCGAGCGCCGACGGCAGCCCCGCUGACCACCACAGCACCCCGUCUAGUAUUAGCCAAGCGUCUCCUGCGGACGACAACAACAGCGAGGGGAAACCCGAGGACGACGGUAAUAUAAGCCCGGAGCGUCCCGUGGUAGUGGAACACCAGUCCGGAGAGGAGACAGGCCGCACGCCCCACCGCACUUUUUCCGAGCGGCUGCCCGGGAAUAGGCACUCUUCCGCCCGCAGCGUGGGCGCAAGAUCCGCCCGGGUUCGAGGCACACACCAGCGGCCGGUUUCAGAGGCUUGGAUCGGCCUUUACCGUGUUAACAACCGUCAUGGGAAUAUCCGCUGUCCUUUCUGCUCCAAGCCCUUCCCCGGGGGUCGGAUCGAGGAUCACCUGUUGAGCUGCCUCACGUCUCCUCCCCUACCAUACAAUACGGAUGUGCUCAGUAAAGACAGCGGCGAGUGCUCCAUCUGUUUGGAGGAUCUGGUACAGGGAGAGACCAUCGCCAGGCUGGCUUGCCUCUGCGUCUACCAUAAGAGCUGCAUUGAUUGCUGGUCCAAGGUGAAACCCUGCUGCCCUGAACAUCCCUUCGAUUGACUCGCGGGUUACAUCAAUCUGCACAGUGACCAACCCGACUCAGGAGACUACACUGAAUCCUAAUAAAAUCCCAAUAAAAAUGUGUCAUUGAACAAAUAAAAGCACACAGUCUAUCUCCGACACAAAUCUAUAUUUGAGUGGAGAACAGACGAUCCUAAGAAGAAGCUCCUGUUAGCGACAACCAGCGUUCUCCAAUUGGAUCGGUCCAUUUGAACUUGGUCUAGGCCUUUUCAAGCCAAACUUCAACAGUA